AUGAGCGGGAACGAGUCGAGCGCGACGGCGACACUCGCGCCGACGAACGUUGCCGUCGUCUCCGCGGUAAUCUCCGCCACGGAUGAGGAGGAGGAAGACCCGGCCUUGACCCUGGACUGCGUCGAGUCCGGCGUCGACAUAGACCUGGUGAACGGACCGAAUCCCUGGCUUCCGGCCUACGGUUUCCAGCUGCAGCAUCACUCCCAGUUCCAGCCGACGCACUUGGAGGAUCUACGGGCUAAUGAUACGAUGCUAGUGCAACAAAUCGAUUUUCUCGAGACGAUUCUGGAGGAGACAUCCGACGAUCUCCAAAGCGACUCCGAUCGUAGCGGAACGACGUAUUGGCUGGGGUCCGAUUCUGAGACUGAGAGCGUGAUUCAUAUCAAGACGAAGCAGAGAUCGGCAGACGAGCGGCUGGAUGGUAGCGGUAGCGAGUGUAACUCAGUGGUGCCGAAAAAGCGACGCCGUCGCGACCAUGGCACCGAUCAUCAUCAUUACCAUCAUCAUCAGCAACAGCAAGUGACGAUCUAUGACGAGUAUCCGGCGUCACCGAGGUCCUCCAGGUCUACAACUUCCUCCAGAUCGAGCUCGCUGUUGCAGUUCGAAUCCUUAGAGAGGACCUGCGCCACGCUAUCACCUUCCAGCUAUAGCUUCGAUUCCCUGGAGUAUUCCAACCGAUCGAACACCUCCCAUCCGGAGAACGAUUCGCCGGAUAGCUUGGAACAGGACUAUGAUAGGCUGCUACCAAACGGUUUCGCCAGCACAUUGGCGGACCAUUUCCCAAAGAUCAGACCCUACCGCAGCUUUGAAAGUCUAGACACGUGCCAGAAGGAUGACAACUUCGGCCAAGCGUCCAUGUCGAAUGGUUUCGCGCCUUUGUACCUGAAGAGGGGUGCUGAUCUAUCGAAUAUUAGGAAAAACAAUCAGCGUCCAAGAGACUUCUGGCACGAGGACGAGGAAUAUGAAGACGAUGACGACGAAGAAGAAGACGAAUACGAUUUCGAGCAGUACGAACGAAGCCGAACGAACGCAGAUUCCCGGUUGACAACAGGUUUCGAGGAUCGGCUGUUGUACGGUGAAUCUGGCAAAUAUGCGACGUCCUUGGACUAUCGGAACACGAUCGACUUGCGGGAGAUUGGCGUGGAGACGAAGAAAGACGCACUUUUGGAGCUUAAGUCCGGCCAAAAGACGGCUAGGUUAAAUAUAGCCGGCGGCGGUGCGGAGCAUCAUCAUCAUCAUCAGCAGCAGCAGCAGCAGCAGCAUCCGCAACAGCAGCAGUACCAACAGCAGCAGUACGAUCAACACGAUCACCAUCACCACCACCACCACCACCACCGUCGUCGCCGCCAACAGCAAUACCAAGGGUGGAGCGACGAGGAGCGUUUUAAUUUUAGAUUCACGGACAAAUCGCAGAGCGCGCCCAGUCUACUCGAUGGUGUUGAAGAGUCAGCACGCAGCGACCUAAGCUGCACUUUAUCGUCUCGUCUUCAUACCUCGAGGACGACCUCUUACGUGUCGACGUCUUCUCUCUUUGAGAACUACACACGGGUGGCUAGCGUGCCGGUGGACCUAAAUCUCUGCGGCGUCGCCGCUAUGUGCGACGACGAGAUGAACGGUCGAGAAAUGGCGGAGACCGAGCCUGGUGAUGAGGCUACGACCCUGAAAAACUCACAAGAAGAUAUUAUUUUAAAAGAAGAUGAUGAAAUGCAAGUGGGAACGAAGAUUGCCUUAACCAGUUCAGUCAGAACGCAACCGGCUCAGGGCGCGCUCAUGGAUGACAAUAUGGAGGAUCUCGAGAAAGAAAACGAUGAACGAACAAAGAUCGAACAUGCGAACGAUCGUUGCGAGACGCAGCAGACUCGCAACAAACAAGCGAAGACAUCGACUGUGAAGACUCAAGAUCGCGCUAACUGUAUGCUGGAUAUAGCGAUGGUGACAGAGAAUGACCUCGACGAAGCCAUCAAGCAAUUUAAGCGCGAGGUGGAGGAGGCGGCCGCUUCCGGAGUGGCGAACGCCGCCAUUUUGGCAAUGGAGACAAUUCAGCGAACACCGUCUGGUCGAGUGAAAAGCCGAAGAGUAAAGAACAAUGCCAGUUAUGAGUUGGCGCAACAACUUGAGGUGGACGAGAGAAAUUUUCAAAGAAAACUCAAAGAUAAUGAUGAAAAUCGCGACGGAGUUAACUCUGCUGGGAAGAAACGGAUGCUGAACAAUGCCAGCUACGAAUUGGCGCAACAAUGUGAUUACAUCAAGGGGUUGAAGAAUUCAAAAGCUUUCCAUCGAAUGGACGCGUGCGACGAAUUAGAGGAAGCAGCAUCCGGACGCUCCUCAAAGUUAAAUAUCGCCGACGUGAUGCGCGAAAUGGGAUCUGAUACGAACAUCAGCGAGGACUCCAGACUGAAGGAGCCGCAGAACGACUCGUUCUUUGGUCAGAUAAAAAAAAACUCGGAUCCAUUUUCAGCUUGUGGCGAUGCUAAUGUGCUAAGUCCACGGCUGCUAGAUGACGAGGUAGAUUAUCCCUGCUUGGAAACUAAACCUAUAGGAGAAUCCUGCUUGGAAACUAGGGUCGUUUUGCGCGAGAAGGUUGAAUUGGAGAACCCAACUCAGUUGAAAAGUGUUCUUGAAAAUUCUUCGACGGUGCCCUCCUAUGUCGACGAAGAAUCAUCCAACAAACAAAGAGAAGAUGAGAGUGGAGAUGUAAAGAAGACUUUCAUCAGCGAGUUUUAUCCGGAACGAGUGAUACAGCUUCCUCGGCAAUGUCCUCAGGCAGACGAGAGCAAGGUUCAAGAGUGGAAAGCGAACUCGGAGAACACACCAUCGAAUCGAGACCACGAAAAUCGUUCCCGUAGUCCUGGUUCGAGCGAUCGAGGCGCCGGCGAACGUCUGUGGAGGGUCGUGAUCGAGAAGCAAGCGACGACGAAGAAAGAAGCGGAGAAGGAGGAAGAAAAGAGGGACGAGAUUGAGGCGGUAGAAAAGAAGGAGGUAGAGGAGGAGGGACACAGUGUCCGCGGUGUUGGCUCUGAGUCCCCACCCGACGAUGCGGGUUCACUCGGUGAACGUAGUAGUGGGAAACUCGCGGUGGCCGUGGCGGCAGUUGAUACGAAUCAUCGCGGUGGUGAUCGCGACAAACGUCAGGGCGACGAGCAGCAACGCGCGGCGAGCAUCAACAAACAGGACGCGAACGCGAAACGGUCAUCGUUUGUUGCCCCGAAGAGGGAACCCGCGAAGACUUACGCGGUUUCUUCAACCUCUCUACCGACGUCCUCGUCCUGCGUUGCCAUGAAGAGUGAGGAAAGGAAAAAGGGCGGUCUGGGCGGCUUUCUGCAGAGAUUCUCCAGACUGAGGUUCAGCGGUCGAGCAAAAGUACCGCGUUCGGAGACACAUAAAAAGACUAUCGAACCGACGACGAGAACGCAGGAAGAACAACAAUCGGCCACCGCCAAGAAGAAGGAGCCGGACUAUAUUAUCAUACCGUUGCAUCCGCCCGAGGAGGAGAGAAGACGCCAGGAGGUCGUUACUCUCGAGGAGGCCGCCAGGAGGAACAAUGUGGACAUUCAGAGAAGUGUUUCUAGUGUCAGCAGCAACGGGAGGGCACCAGUGUCCAGUAAGCCGCCCCUGCCACCGCAACCGCCGCGCGUCGCCGCUCUGGGCACAACGAUGCGAGCGUCGGCGUCGGCGUCGGCGUCGCGCCGACACCCGUAG